AUGGUGGUUCAAGAGGACUCCGAGCCCCCAAGGUACACGACAGAUCUCAGCAUAAAUGAUUUUGAGAUUGGUCGUGCCCUUGGAAGAGGCAAGCUUGGCCUGGUUUACUGCGCCAGGCAUCGAGAGCUGGGAUACAUCGUCGCGUUGAAAGUGAUGAAGAAGCGUGAGCUUGUCGAGAUGCAGCUCGAGAAGAACUUGGGUCGAGAGAUCACCAUCCAGCUACAGCUCUAUCACAUCAACAUCUCGCGUCUUUACGGUUACUUUUAUGAUCGAGAUAAUGUCUACUUGAUCGUCGAAUACGCCGUCGAUGGUGAGUUGUAUCACCAUUUGCGAGCAGCAAAACGCUUUCCCGAUGUUCUUGCUAGUUAUUACAUCUUCCAAGUCACCAAGGCACUCAAAUAUUUGCAUGGGAAAGGGAUAAUUCAUCGCGAUAUCAAACCAGAAAAUCUACUCCGAGACGAAAAUCAUAUCAUCAAGCUUAGUGACUUUGGAUGGCUGGUUCGUGCCAAGGCUGAUAAUCGUCGACAUACUAUAUGUGGCACGCUUGAUUACCUUCCUCCGGAAAUGGUGGAGAAAAAGGACCAUAACUAUCAAGUUGAUCUUUGGGCGUUAGGCGUCCUAUGUUAUGAGCUUCUUACUGGCAAACCUCCUUUCGAAAAUGUCAAUCGAGAUAUUACCUACAAACGUAUUGUUCGCGUUGACUUUCGUUUUCCACCUCUGAUGGAUCGUGACGCCAUCGAUCUAAUUACCCAAUUGUGUCAGAAAGACCCCCGCCGGCGUCUUUCUCUCGCGCAGGUGUUACGGCACCCUUGGAUUUACAAGCAUCGCCCCAAGUGGCCUCGGCCUAUGGCUGGUUCAUAG